AUGUCUACAACAACCACAGUCACGGCUACGGCCCCCAUCAGCGCCGCAAAUAUCCUUCGCCUCUUCCCCGACAUCGACACGACCACCACCUCGGAGCUCGACGGCCACGAUGCUGAGCAGAUCCGCCUCAUGGACGAGGUCUGCAUCGUCCUGGACGAGAAUGACGAGGCCAUUGGCACUGCUAGCAAGAAAGUCUGCCAUCUGAUGACCAACAUCGACAAGGGACUGCUGCACCGCGCAUUCUCCGUCUUCCUCUUCAACGACAAGAACGAGCUCCUCCUGCAGCAGCGCGCCACGGAAAAGAUCACCUUCCCCGACAUGUGGACCAACACCUGCUGCUCCCAUCCUCUGAUGAUCCCCGGCGAGACUGGCUCCAAUCUCGCAGAGUGUAUCGAGGGCGUCAAGAGGGCGGCGCAGAGGAAGCUUGACCACGAGCUAGGUAUCAAGAAGGAGCAGGUCCCUAUCGAGGACUUCCACUUCCUUACGCGCAUCCACUACAAGGCACCGAGUGACGGCAAGUGGGGCGAGCACGAGAUUGACUACAUCCUUUUCAUCAAGGCCAACGUCGACCUCAACGUGAACCCCAACGAGGCCCAGGCGACACAAUACGUGACACCAGAGGCACUAAAGAAGCAGUUCGACGACCCGACACUGAAAUUCACACCGUGGUUUAAGCUAAUCUGCAACUCGAUGCUUUUUGAGUGGUGGUCGCACCUGGAUUCGGGCCUGGAGGCCUACAAGAACGAGCAGCAGAUUCGACGCAUGUGA